UACCAAAGUUUGGCCGCGUUUUCCGUUCGCUGCUUCGGUUAACGUGCUGCUGCUCCUUUCCGCAACCGUGGAAACCGCACAGGACGGUGCUGACGGCGGAGGGGGAGCUCUCACGAUGAGCUUGAAGAAGGCCAGCCGCACCAAGAGUCUUUCGCUGAGCGGGGAUGAUUUUCCGCUGCGUCCGGCGGGGGGAACUGGUGGCAGUGCCACCGGUAAACCCAAGGCCAGCUUUGCCACGCCGAAGCGGCCCGAGGACACGUUGAAGAUAAUGAAGUACAUCGACGACAACGUGAUCGGGAAGGGUGUCGCUUUUCUAGGACCGUACGGACGUCGUAAAGUCGUCUAUGCCGAUUAUGCUUCAUCGGGCCGCUCAUUGCAGUUUCUAGAGGACUACAUAAAUAAGGAAGUUUUACCAGCGUUUGGGGAUAUUAGUUGCAUAUCAGCAGUAACUGGAUUGCAAUCACAUUUGUACGACAAUGAAGCCCGAGAUUUGGUACGUGCUGCUGUUGGUGCUAAUGCGGAAGAUGAGAUUGUGUUUUGUGAUAAUCCUACCGAGCGACUGUGCUAUCUCCUGUCGAAUCCUAACGUCUGCGACCUCGGCCAGCCCCAGUUCCACAACUACUCUCACAGUGCCAACAGCAAUACCUCACUCAGCGGUGCAUCGUUGCAUCUUGGUGCCGCUAACCGACACAACAGCUUCACGAACUCGUCCGCCCUCUCCGAUAGUGUGGACAUGAGCACCCUGCAGGGUCUUUCGGCGCCCCCCAUACUGUUCGUAAGCACCUCCGAGCCGGUGUCCAACUUGCGCUCGUGGAUCGAUGCCGGUUGGCAGAUCGAGCGGAUAGUGAAGAAUCACGAGGGUUUUCUGGAUUUGGUCGACCUGGAGAAACGUCUACAGCACUACUCGGAGAACCGACGUAAGAUGGUCGGUUUGUUCUCGGGCGCCUCGAGACUGACGGGAAUUUUGGCAGACGAUGUGGCCACCACCAUUUUGCUGCACCAGUAUGACGCCCUCUCGAUCUGGGAUCAUUCGAUGGCGGCCUCGUGCGCCCCGAUUUGCACCAACCCCGUGCUUCCCGGUGCUCAAAAGGAUGCCAUCUUUUUUCACUGCAACCGGCUCGUCGGGGGAGUGCAGGCACCGGGCGUGCUAGUCAUUAAGCGUAGGUUUAUCGAACACAGUACCUCGUUCCUGACGGACUCGGUCGGCGUGGUGAGUGCGGUGCGGGCCGGGCUCGUGUUGCAGCUAAAAGAAUCGCUCGGCUCGCAGGCCAUCAUGGGCCGGAUGGAGAAGACGUGCAAGCAGAUGUUGGCCCAUGUACGCACCAUCCCCGAGAUAGUGCUGCUCGGUCCACCGUGCACGACAGCGAAGCGGCUUACGACACUGUGCUUUAUGGUGCGCCAUCCGCGCGGUGCCUUCCUGCACCAUCGGUUCGUUGUCGCCGUCCUGAACGAUGUGUUUGGCAUCCAGGCGACGGCGGACAACAUGAUCAGCGAUUCGCUCGGCAUCAACCCGCAGCUUUCGGUCGAGUACGAGAAGCUGCUCAACGACGAGUCCCUUCAUUCGGGCUGCAUUCAUCCCGGCUACACACGCAUAACGUUCCCGUUCUUCAUGCCCGAGGCGGAGGUAGCGUUCAUCUUGGAAGCGCUCAAAAUGGUCGCAACCGAGGCCUGGAAGCUGCUGCCGCAGUACGAGAUGGACGAACGGUCCGGCGAGUGGCGCCAUCAUUCGAACUCGCUCGCCAAGGAACGCAAGUGGCUCGGAGCCAUCCGGUAUAUCGACGGGAAGAUGCUGUUCUCCGAUCGACGCAUCUCCGGACCGGGCUCCUUCCCGCAGAACUACUCCGACUGUCUCCAAACGGCCCGAAACCUUUUCAAUAGGGCACGCAAGAUGGCGCAACGUUCGACGACGGAACAGAUCGUGCUAAAGCUUACGAAUGCGGGGAUGGAGAAGCUACGCUGGUACAUGCUGUCCGGCGAGGCCCACGAGUUACUGCUCGGCCAUUCUCAUAAUGUAAAAAAUACAGUUCCAUUUGAUCCAACUAGAAUACCGGAAAAUUCAUCGCUGAUGCUCAUCCAUCGGCACCACAGCCUGUCGGCGUUGGACAUUAAGCGGUUCAAGAGCCGAAGUCUACCGGCGUCACCGCUCCAGAUAUCGACACGCCGCCAGAACUCCUCCUCACCGUCUCCCUACCAAUCGCACAGCCCAACACCGACGUCGUCCCCUCCGAUGGUGAGGUUUUCCGUCGGCGGCGAAGUCACCACCAUGCUCAACCCAACACCGUUGGCUAACGUUGGCGUUGGGCCCGUAACCGGACCGGUUGGUGGUAUCGUAACGGCGGCCGGUGCCCCAUCGAUCCGACGUGAUAUGAACGUUAGCCGCAAUAGAUGUCACAGCUGGGGGGCAGCCAGCUAUCGCACGUUCGUCGGUGGCCUUUCCAGCCGGGAAGGGACUCCUAAUGACGACACGGUUGGGAUCGAUCCGUUCGCCAACGGUAGUAGUAGUGGUGCUAGUGGAAACAAUCUGCACGCCCUCAGCCCUCAAACCCGUGCCAGCCUUGGGCUGGAACCGCAUCAGCAUCCACUGCGCUCCGCGUACCACACGCAACUAUCGGCACCGGUUCCAUCCCAGCAUCAGCGACCUCCACUACAUCGACCCUACUCGGUGGCGGCGGUACCAACUGCUACACCUCCGUCCGGUGGAGCCGCGGCAUUCCGCCCGAAGCAGAGGUCCUGCUCGUGCAGCAGCCAAACGGAUCUGAGCCUGCCGCGCAACGAUAGCCCACCGCAGACGAAGGGAACUGCCGCCUCGCCGACACCGAGCCUUCCGAACUUGCGGUCCCUCAUGGGAAGUAGCUGCAGCGAAAGUACGGAGGACAUCCAGGCAUACGUGAAGGAGGUCACGAAGGAGCUGGCGACCGAAAUCAAGUCCGAAAUACGGGAGGUGAUCAGCAAGGUGGAGGAUGUGCUCGAGAGCACCGACAGCAUCGAGCUAAACAGUUUAGUUAACUUCAAUUCGCUCGGGCAGCAUAGCCAUCCCGCGCCGAUCGAAAACAAACGUGAUUCCAUUUCGACCAGCGACGUGGUGGACUAUCUGCGCGAGUUUAGCCGAGAGAUGACGAACGAGGUCAAGUCGGAGAUUCGGGACGUGGUGAAUGCGGUGGACGAAAUCAUUUCCCCCGAGGGUGGAGGGUUCCUUGGGGGGCGCAAAAACUCCCCACCGGACAUCGUGCGCCAGAAUGGAGCGAACGGAACGCAUGGCAGCGGCACCACCGGAGGACACAAACUUCUGGUCAAGCAACGGUACAGCGACAUCACGCCGGGUGCCGCUACACACCGGCCACGGUCGGCCGAUAACAAUGACAGCAAGCACCGCUCGGAGUCCUUCCCGAGGCCAAGCUCGGCCGCCAGCCCGGAACAUAUCGUGGGUCUCGGUCCACCGUUGCACUACACGAACGCAGUCAACUCGGUGCCCGGUGCGAUACUGAAGAGUGCCGACCUCCGGUCGACGAUGUCCUCGCAAGACUCCGGUAUCAAUAUGAGCUUUUGCGAUGCUAUUGACGAGCAUAGCCGGCUCCGGACGGUCCGGGCGCCCGCGAGCGAUAGAAUCCGAACGGUGUCCGCUGAGAUUGAAAGUUCCAACAAACCGUCGCUUCCACCGCGGCGCCUGAUAUCGGAACCGACCGGCGGUUCGAUCACCGAAGCGUCUUCGCCAAUCACGCCGGACGCCAGUCAAACCGAUCCAAGCGGUGGAGGCAAGGGUGGCCUCACGCGCCAACAGCACGUCCUCAAUCGCAGCCCAUCGGGUGAAGCGAAUGGCCCAGCCGUCACCGAUGGCACCGAUGGGCCCAUCCAGUGGCACCAGAUGCCGAAGGAAGUCUGGAAGCAGGCAACCGAGACCUUGGAUGAGUAUCGAAUGUUGAAAGAUGGUGAUCGCGUGUUGGUGUGCAUCUCGGGCAGCAGUUCGUCGUUGUGUUUGCUGCAUUUGUUGCACCAGUUUUGCCUUACGCGACAGCUGCAGGUGCAACUGGCGGCGAUCACCAUCGGUGGCAGUGACGGUGGGGUAGAUCCUCGUGCCCUCAUGCUGUAUCUGAAAGAACUGGGAGUGACAUUUUUCUACGAACCUCUAGCGUCGAACGAUCAGCUGCACGAUCAACUACUUCACCAUGCUCGGCACCGGCAGUACAACGUGCUGGCGAUGGGCAGCACACUCGACAAGCUGGCCGAUCGGUUCCUCGCGUCCCUGCUCUAUCGGGGCGAGCUGACCGCCUUGCAGGCCGUGCAAGGGGCGUGCGGGACGAAGGACACAACUACCAACGAUGUGCGCAUCGUUCGACCACUACUGUACCUGCGGGAACACCUGUUCGAUGAGUUUGCGCUCACCCAAGGGUUCCCGAGUCGAUCAUCUUCCCGAGGGCUCGAUGCUUGCCCCAAUGGCACCCUAGUUAGCCCGACCAUCGAGCUUCUGCGGGGCCAGGAAAAGGUUAACCCGCACGUCUACAACAACAUUCGAAAUGCCCUCAAACCGAUCCUUUCGCUAAGGAUUGAACCGUCGAAAUCGGCCUACGAAAUGUUACGGUCGUCACUAAACACUCGCGAGUGAUGAAGCUAACCUUCGCCGGUAAACUGAAAGCUGACAGGGAUCAACUAAUUUAUCAG